AUGACUGAUAAGCCAACGGAGACAGAGACUGCAGAAGCGAUUGCAAGCAAAUUGCUGCGUCUUGAUCUAGAAGUUGAGAACGCCAACGUACCUUCCAGCAUAUCUCUGAGCGUCAGUCAAUGUAAAGCCGUCAACGCGUGCAACGAAAAAUCUGAGGAAGUCAAUGCGUCGAAAGCACAAGAUUCUAGCUACCGAGAACAAGCGGCCGCUUUAAAGACCGUUGCUUGUGAAGAUGGCGCUCUAUCUGAGAAUUUAUCCGCAGGCGGCGACCCAAAUGAAUACGAGAUCGAAACUCAAGACGCUAAAACCUUUCGGCUACUCGAUCUCUUGAACGAAUAUGAAUCGUUGGCAAACGAUGUGUUUCGUGUCAGCUUCAUAAAUGGGUUUCUCGAGCUAAGUAGGGCAAACUACUACGGCUCGCAACGAUUUGACAUGGAUUCCAUUGAUCGGAGGCCACGUGGUGCAUCUGCAGUCGUCGACACGACCCAGAAUUCGUUCAGAGUCAGGGAUCUCUGGAAGAUCUAUAAGGAACGGGAAAGGAAAAACAAAAGAAACGAAAAAAAGUCAAAAUCUACUGAGCAAGACGAGGAAGGAACCAAGGAUAUUAUUGCCGGAGAAAAUGGCGCCCAAAACACAGACAAGCAUAAAAGAGGGGAGAUUGAAUCUGAUAGGAAGACGCAGAGUAUUGAAACGGAAGCGGUCUCUUCAGCGAGAAAACCACUUCCAGAUAUACGGAAUCGGAAACAGAAACAUACAAGUCCAGAAAAAAGAGAUUUAUCUGAUAAUACAAGCCAAAGUCUUUCAUCUUCUGAUUCCGAAGAAGCAGUGUUGCCGCCACAAGAUCCCGUUUAUCAGUUUGGUCGCAUGGUCCCCUAUCAGUUGCGCAAUGCUCAAACACAUUUCCAGAAUGCGCUAGUGGAUUCGCUCAGGCUACUAAAUCUCCAGCGGGAAAUCACGCUGUUGGUGCUGGACUUAGAAGCAGCAAAAAUUGUAUCAGACAAGCCAGAACAACCCAAGAAGGACCGCGAAUGUUUGUUCCAAGGCCAAGUGUCAUUUCAUGAGUCGAACGAGUACAAGAAAAUGCGUGCUUUGGAAAAUCUUGAGGAUCACCCAUCAAUCUACAGUCAAAAAUAA